GACGAUAGUAGGGCAUUUCAAGCACAGCAGCAACGCUACUGAAAAACUCAAAGAUUUUCAAUUGCAAAUGAACUUACCUUCAUUAAAAGUUAAGCAAGAUGUGCCUACAAGGUGGAAUUCUAGUUUUAUAAUGAUGGAAAGACUUGUAAACAUUAAAGCCCCUUUAUCUGCUACUAUGUCAACUCUACCUCGAGCACCAAAUUAUUUAAAUGCGUCCGAGUGGGAGAUAAUAUUAGAUUGUACUCAUAUUUUAAAGCCAUUUCAAAUAAUGACAGCGGAAUUAUCAGGUGAAAAGUACCCAACAUUAAGUGUAGUUAUACCACUUAUUAGAGGUCUUCAACAUAUUUUAAGGAACUUACAAACAGAAACUGAUGUUGGGGACGUAUUUAGAAAUAUGUUGAUGGAUAUAGUCAGUAGACGAUUGGGCAUUUUAGAAAAGAAUAAAAUUGUUGCAAAAGCAACAUUCUUAGACCCGCGGUUCAAAAAAAUUGCGUUUGGUUUACUUGAAAACGCUAGUAAUGCGCAAAAAUGGGUAAGCGAAGAAUUGACAAUGAUGAUCAGCACAAAUACUGAAAUGGAAAACGUAAUUAAUACAACUGAAUCUACCAUAGAACUCACGUUAAAUAGUACUAAUAUAAAUACAACUGAAUCACUAUGGGAGCAUUUUGAUAAUAAAGUCGCUCAAGUCAAAACUACAUCAAAUCCAAAUAUAACUUCUUCUUUGAUAAUACGUCAAUAUUUAGAAAUGACACUUUUAGACCGUAAAAAAAACCCAUUAGAAUUUUGGAAACAGUAUAAAAACACGUUUCCAGAUUUGUAUAAUAUGCUGCUGAAGUAUUUAUAUAUUCCAGCAACAUCUGUUCCGUCUGAACGGUCCACUUAUAAUAUUGAUUACUUAUUUUCAUCAUAUGAUAACAUCCAGCAAUUAAAACCGUCGAAGUACAACCGUGUUUAUUUAAAUCAGUUAUUGCGGCAAACAAAAACAGAAAACAGAAAUAAAAAAAAGUCGCAAAGUUUUGUAAAACCUAAAACACCAUGUAAACUGGUCGGUUCAUACUGUUCAUAG